GGUUGUGCAACUUAACCCUCAUGAGUAGAUUUGCAUCAGGGUGGUACUUGCUAACUCUGCAGAAAUGGAUACUGGAUCUGGCUAUGAACCUGAGCACUCUGAUCAAUGCAGCAAGUAAAUUGGUGCAGCUCCGAUGUCUCUGGGAGACUAAGGAUUCUGGGCAAGUGAGUGCCACCACUUGGGGCUUGGCCAUCUACACCUGUGCAACAAGAAUAUAUACAACUUUGGUGACAACAAACGAUGCCACAGGUAAUACUAUAUUACCAAGUGAUUAUAUGUGUGCACAUGUAUAUGUGUGAAUUUAAAACCAGAAGUUGAAAUUAUUGCAGUCUAUGGCUAAAUACUCUGGUAGUUAGUCC